CUAGAUAUCGUUAUCGUUUCUGACGCGCUCAUUGUGAAACUUUUUCUCACGGGGAGCAGUUGUGUUCUAGAGAGUUCAUAAAUACGUAAAUAAUUGUAAACUUUUUCGCUUAAUUAAGUGAACGCAUUUAACAAGCUAAGAAAAUGGCACGUACCAAGCAGACCGCUCGUAAGUCCACCGGAGGUAAGGCUCCGCGUAAGCAGUUGGCCACCAAGGCUGCCCGUAAAUCGGCGCCCUCCACUGGUGGCGUAAAGAAGCCCCAUCGUUAUCGUCCCGGAACUGUGGCCCUGCGUGAAAUCCGUCGUUACCAAAAGUCCACUGAGCUGCUGAUCCGCAAGUUGCCCUUCCAGCGGCUGGUUCGUGAAAUUGCACAGGAUUUCAAGACCGAUUUGCGUUUCCAGUCUGCCGCCAUCGGCGCUCUCCAGGAAGCUUCGGAGGCCUACUUGGUCGGCCUAUUCGAGGACACCAACUUGUGCGCCAUUCAUGCCAAGCGUGUGACCAUCAUGCCAAAGGAUAUUCAAUUGGCACGUCGCAUUCGCGGUGAGCGUGCUUAAGCGCGUUUGUUUUGGAAGGCGGUGUCACAACUUCGGCACCCACAACAAACACAACAACAACAACCACACAAGCGACAGCAGCAUCAACAACAACGAUGCCAGUCCAACAUUGGCAGCUGUUACAAGAACAUUUCAUUUAUUAAAUAUUUCACAAACAACAAACAAAGUAUCAACAACAACAAACAUAUACAUGGCCUACAAUUUCGGUUUAAAAUACUUACAUAUGUAGGGAGGAGCCGUAUUUGACAGACAAGUAUAUAUACACACAACAUGAUUAUUACAUAUAAUUUAAAUUUUAAGCAAAAAAAUAAAAACAAAAAACAGACACACACACUUAAACACAAGAAACAACAAAUAACAAAAAAGCAAAAACAAAAACCACAUCAAAUUUGAAUAAUCUGGCAGACAACAAAACGAAAACAAACACAAAAAAUUGUAACUGUAAUGCAUUGUAUCUUAAACAUAAUCUAAAGAAUAUUGUAAUUCUUAUUAUUAUUAUUAAUUACUGCUAUUAUUAAUUGCUAUAUUAUGUAUAACUAGUUGAUAAGUGACGCGACCCGGCCCAUUUAUGUGCACUCUCCAUCCAUCGCACACAUCGCUUGCGCGUGUCACGCGUGUCGUUGUCUGUCAUCACGCCGCCGUUCUAACACCGCCCCAAACUCCAACUCCAUCAACAGCCGCAGCGUCCAGCCGCUUCGGCGACUCGCACGCAAGUUCCCAGUCCCAGCGGCUAACUCCAACAACAUCACUAUAUAAAUCGAUAUGCCUAGCCAAAUGAAGCCGCUGGCUAGCGGAAUCCGCCGUGCAAACUCCAUCCCAGCAAUAACAUCUGUGGCGAGUGCGUGCGUCUUGCCUCAAUGGGCGGUUGGACGUUGUGGGUGUGGCAAGCGGCGGAGCGGUCGACAGUCACGAGCAAUCGAGCACUUGCAGUGCGAUUCGGGCUGGGCGGUAUUAUAAAAAGCAAAAACUACAUAAAACUGAUGACCGAAUUGAGUACACUUUUUAUGCAGGACCGAAAAUAAAAUUUAAAAUGAUUACAUCUUAUAUAUGCAGAAUAUAUACAAAUAUAUAUAUUCUUAAAUACAUGUAGUAUAUAUAAUAUAAAUAUUAUUUUUAUUUCAUUGUCUCUUACUAACCUUAAAUAUUACAAUUAUCAUUAAUUUUGGAAAAACAUCGACCUUAAUGGAAAGCACGAUGAAGAUUUCGCGAUCUCCCCAAUAAGUUGACGGUCAGUGGCACAAUGGUUUGGGGGAAGCAUCACCAACUCCCCACACCCCACGUCACUUCCCGCCUUCAAAGCUGUUUGAAUAAGUUCUAGAAUUACAUGCAUUUUAUACGUUUAGGCAAAAAAAUAAAACAAAACAAAAAACAUAAAAAACCAAGAUGAUAAAAGAAAACCCUAAAGGAUUAAAUGCAAAAUUGAAUGAAAAAAAAAAAACAAACAAAACAAUAUCAAAACAUCCGAGAAAGUGAAAUCAUAUUACAUGUUGAUUUCUCUUGCAGACAUAAAAAUAUUAAACAAUUAUAUAUACGUGUACAAGAUAUACAACAAUAUAAAUCUAAAACUAUAUAAAUACUGUACGAAAACAUACUUAUAUGUAAUUUAAAUAGUCCAUAAACAGAAACAUGACCCAUUGGAAAACCCACGCAAAAAAGGCCACUGAGAAAGAAAAUCAUUUCCACAGUAAAUCAAAAGUCCAACAACAAAAUUCAAUAAACGGUUUUUUCUAGAGAAGAAACCAAAAACAA